GCCUGCCCUGAUUGAGCACGAUUUUGCUGUGGUCGCCGCCACCCCUUAAGAAAUCAAUGGAUCUCCUUUGCGACAACAUCGUGGAGGAGAUCCUCCGCCGCCUGCCGGCCAAGUACCUCCACCGCGUCCGCGCCGUCUCCCACCGCUACAACGACCUCGUCAUGAGCCCGGGGUUCGUCGCGCACUACUGGCGGUCGCAUGCGCCGCACCUCUGCGGCGUCUUUCUCCACACCGAGAGGCUGAUUCGUCCAUGGGGACACUUUCCUGAUUUCCUCGCCGGCUCGCCCCGCCCGUCGGCAACGGAGUCCAUGUUCGCAUCAGACCUCGGAUUCUUGCCUCACUUGCCCGAGUCUGAGUUGCAGGUUGAAACUAUGGGGCGACGCCAAGAAGAUCCUCAUCGUGCACUCCACGGCUGGCCUGCUGCUGUGCUCUAGGGGCCGCAACAAUGUAGUGCAAUACUACGUCUGCAACCCGGUCUCUUGGCAGUGGGUAUCUGUCGUUGCCUAAUCGACGGUACCUCGGAGGAGGGAUCCUCACGAGGGGGAGAAGAAGUAGGGGCCAUAGGGCGGAGUGCACACGGGACGGUGGUACGCGAGUUACCCAGCUUCGGAACACCUGCACGAUGACAGGGCCUACUGCUGCUUGUCUGGAAUUAUCUGGGCGCUUUCGCGUUGUUACAAUGAGUUGUGAUUGUGCCGAACGUGCACGUGAACGUGAACGUGAACGUGCCUCUAGGGCUCCCAGGAUCCGGCUUAUAAAGGCGCACGGAUCUAGGGUUUACAUGGAGAGUCCUAGCCGGAUUACAGGUCGCCUAACUACGGUACAAGGUCUUGCCGUGUACGUCAAGGAUCUGCCUUCCUCCCUACGUCGUACUGGAUCCGGGUUCCACAUGGGCCUCCAUGGAUCCGGGUUACUCCUGGGCCUCCAUGGAUCCGGGUUACUCCUGGGCCUCCAUGGAUC